AUGGCGCCCAACACCGACGCCGAAGCUCCUCACAACAACUUUGACACCAUUCUCGUCCUCGACUUUGGUUCUCAAACGAGUCACCUUAUCCUGCGCCGUCUUCGAUCUCUCGGUGUCUUCGCUGAGCUGCUUCCUUGCACCACUAAAAUCGCUGAUCUGUCAUGGAAGCCUAAGGGAAUUGUGUUCUCUGGAGGUCCUUCUUCUGUCUACGACGAGGGCUCGCCCCAUGUUGACCCCGCUGUUUUUGACCUGAACGUGCCUAUUUUGGGUAUUUGCUACGGUUGCCAGGAGAUCGCAUGGCGGAUCGACUCGAAGAAUGUUGCCCGCGGAGCGGCCCGAGAGUACGGCCAUGCCGACGUCAAGAUCGCCAAGGUCAACGAGCAUGUUGACCGUCUCUUCGCUGGCCUGGGCGAUGAAAUCCCUGUGUUCAUGUCCCACUACGACAAGCUAGUCAGCCUGCCUACUGAUUUCGUGGUUAUUGGUGCCACCAAGAACUCCGAGUACGCCGGAAUUGCCCAUCAGGAGAAGCCCAUCUUUGGUGUCCAAUUCCACCCCGAGCUCGAACACACCCCCCGCGGAACCGAUAUUCUCCGCAACUUCAGUGUUGAUAUCUGUGGCGCUCAACCGAACUGGAAGAUGGGCGAUUUUGUCCAGCUCGAGAUCGCUCGCAUCCGUGAGCUUGUUGGUGACCGAGCGCUCGUCCUUGGCGCUGUCAGCGGUGGUGUGGACAGCACUGUCGGUGCUGCUCUCAUGCGUGAGGCUAUUGGCGACCGCUUCAAGGCCAUCCUUGUCGACAACGGAUGUAUGCGUCUUAAUGAGUGCGAGCAGGUCAAGGAGACUCUCGGAAAGCACCUUGGCAUCAACCUGACCGUUGUCGAGGCUGGUGACUUGUUCCUGAGCCGUCUUGCGGGUGUUACUGAGCCCGAGAAGAAGCGGAAGAUCAUUGGAUCUACUUUCAUCGAUCUGUUCGAGCAAGAGGCUAUCCGGAUCGAGAAGGAAGCUGAGAACACUCCCAACACCGGCAAGGUGGAGUGGUUCUUGCAGGGAACACUUUACCCUGACGUUAUCGAGUCUCUGAGCUUCCGUGGGCCUUCGGCCACUAUCAAGACUCACCACAACGUCGGCGGUCUGCCUGAGCGCAUGAUGAACGGCCAAGGCUUGCGUCUUAUCGAGCCGCUCAGACUUUUGUUCAAGGAUGAAGUGAGGGCAAUUGGUCGCCAACUCGGCAUCCACGAGUCGCUCGUGAACCGACACCCCUUCCCCGGUCCUGGCAUUGCCAUCCGCAUCCUCGGUGACGUUACCAAGGAGCGUGUCGAGAUUGCCCGCCAGGCCGACAACAUCUUCAUCAGCAUGAUCAAGGAGGCCGGUCUCUACGACGAGAUCUCUCAAGCCUUUGCUGGUCUUGAUACUAACCGCAGUGUCGGUGUCUUCGGUGACCAGCGUGUUUGGGGUUACAUCAUCAUUCUCCGUGCUGUCCGUACCAAGGACUUCAUGAGCGCAGAGGUGUUCAACUUCGAUAACGCCUUCCUCGCGAAUGUUUCUCGCACUAUCUGCAACCAGGUCGAGGGUGUGGCCCGUGUUGUCUAUGAUCUGACCUCGAAGCCUCCUGGCACUAUCGAGCUCGAAUAA